AUGACUGAAGGAAUUAGACGACGUCAAACCCUUCAGCAGAUACAGUCACGUAUCAAGUCUCUAGGAACUUCUGAUUGGAAUAUAUGGAACAUGUUUAGUACUGAAGACAAUUUGUCCAUAGAACAAUUUUCAAGCAGAAUUUACGCAUUAGGUUUUGAAGUAUCUCAACAAGAUAUUGCAAUAUUAUGGAGAGCUGUUGGAAUAACUUCAAACACUAUGACAUACAAUGAUUUCAUUCGAUUUUUACAAUAUCAAGGUUCUGAAUCUAAUAAUAAUCUUAAUUUAUCAUUAAAUGAUAGACUACGAUCAAACGCAAGAGAGUUUUUGAAUAAAUUCUUGGAAUCAGAUCAAAAUGCAAGUGGUUUAGUCACUUAUAGAAUUUUCAACGAAAUUGGAGAUUAUUUUUCAAUUCCAAAGUCCGAAAUACAAGAUAUGAUAGAUAGAUAUGACGAUGAAGGCACUGGAUACAUCAAAUAUUUCAAAUUAAUUUCAGAUAUUUGUUACUCAAAGAAUGACAUUCCCACUCCGAAAUUUUCUGCUCCUCCGUUAGAAAUACCACCAUCCCCACAUAGAAUUAACGAUGAUUUACAAAGAAAUCAAAAUUCAUCACCAAAUAAAAGCCGAAGAUCGACAUAUGAUCCAACACCAACAUCUUCACCAUACAGACAAUAUUCUUCCGAGCGAAAUGACUCGUUUGAAUACUCCCCUGAACGAAGAUCAGAAGAUUAUUCACCAAAUUCCGUACAUUCACCAUACAGGGACUUUCCAUCCGCUAACAGUUCACCGAACAUGUCCCCGAGUGGUCGGAGGCUCGAUCCUUCAAUUUUUGGCCAAUUUUCUCCGAAAUCUCCUUCCAGUCCCUCAUUUGGCGGCCGUGACAAACUUGAUCCAUCCAUAUUUGGCCAGUACUCUCCGAAAUCCCCGUCAAGUCCUUCUUCCGGCGGAAGAGGAAAAUUAGAUCCCUCAAUUUUCGGAGAAAAACCGGUAAUCAUGACUUCCGAGCAGCCAGAGUUCAAUGCAGACGAAUGUACCAACUGCGAGCGCCUCAACAAUCUUCCUCCCAAAGAAUUAGUCAAAAUUAUUUCCCAACAAGUUUCAAAAUUUUUCAGAGGAGGGAAACAGGCUUUUUCCAAAUGGCGUGGGAAGAGCGAAUACCUGGACGUAGAGGAUAUCCGCAAUGGCAUCGCAAGGGAUACAAACAUUUUAGUUCAAAGAAGAGACCUCCAAGAAAUUAUUAAAAUUUAUGGAGGUCCGUUUAACUUAUCCAGCUUCGUAAGGAUGCUUUCUGAUGGUUCCUCAUACUCCGAAUCAAGAAAUAGGGACGUAACUGAAGGAGAAGCCGCAAUUUCAAGAAUUGCAAGUCAAAUUCGUAACGAUUCAUGGGAAGACGUGGUCAUACGGGCAAGAAAUGCACAGGAAAUGUGCAGAGGAUUCAAAGAAAUUGGAAUGAGAGUCAGCGAAAGCGAUAUUCAAAAUUUGAUGCAAAAACUGGGAAGAUCUGGAUUUAUUAAUGCAAUUAGAUCGAAGUUAGAUUAA